GUCACAGUUUCUCUUUCCACGUGACAAGGUGUUGGAGUAUGGCCGAGCAGGCAGGCACAGCGAACAGAGGGGUCAUUCAGAGAAUACUUUCCGUUGUUGGUGCUCACAGUCUGCUCAGCACGUUGUGGGGCUAUGUGGACUCCACAAUAAGGCAGUGCUGGAUCCUCAGCUGGUUGCCAUCAUGGUGUCCCACCUCUCAGAUCAUGCUACAGACUGCAGAGGACAUGAUGCUUCGAUGUGUGAACAGCACGUUCUUCAAACAGUAUGUCCCCAUCUCCAACAGUAACCUGCUGUGGACCCUGACCUUUAAUAGGGACCAUGUCAAGCACAAAUCCCCCAUGGUUCUGCUCCAUGGGUUUGGAGGUGGUGUGGGCCUUUGGGCUCAGAACCUGGAUGCUCUCUCUCAGCAUCGGCCUGUCUUUGCCAUGGACCUGCUGGGCUUUGGACGGAGCAGCAGGCCUCUGUUCUCCACAAAUGCCCAGGAGGCAGAGGACCAGUUUGUGGAGUCUAUAGAGCAAUGGAGGGCUAAAGUCGGUCUGGAGUCCAUGAUACUGCUGGGGCACAACCUGGGAGGAUACCUGGCUGUGUCAUACUCCAUUAAAUAUCCUGGCAGAGUGAAGCACAUAGUGCUGGUGGAGCCCUGGGGUUUUCCUGAGCGCCCGUACAUAGUAGAGGCAGACCGUCCCAUCCCGGUAUGGAUCAAAGCCCUAGGGGCCCUGUUCAGUCCCUUCAACCCCCUGGCUGGCCUGAGACUGGUUGGACCACUGGGGCCCAUUCUGGUCCAGACUCUGAGACCGGACUUCAAGAGGAAGUUCUCCUCCAUGUUCAGUGACAACACUGUGUCGGAGUACAUCUACCAUCUGAAUGUGCAAACCCCCAGUGGGGAAACCGCCUUUAAGAAUAUGACCAUUCCCUACGGUUGGGCUAUGAGACCGAUGCUACAAAGAAUGGACCAGCUUCAGCCUAAGAUCCCCAUCACCAUCAUCUAUGGAUCCCGCUCCAGCAUAGACAGCAACUCAGGCAGCACCAUCAAACAGAUGAGGCCACACUCUCAUGUGGAGAUCGUAACAGUCCGUGGAGCCGGACACUAUGUAUACGCCGACCAGCCAGAGGACUUCAACCACAGAGUUGUGCAAGUGUUGGAUAAAGUGGACUAAAGCAGACACAAGGCUGGUUACUGAACUUUGGACAAAAAAGGGGAGCACAAAUAACAGACUUGACUUUAGUCACCGCUAUAGAAACACAGGAUUCCACGCCCUCAAAGCAGGAACAAGGAGUCUAUUUUUAUAUCAUGUGAAAUACUGUGUGAAUUGAGCUGUAUUUUUGUGAAGGAAUACAAUUAGACUCUAAUAUGACAUAAUGAUAUUAUAUGUAGUUACAUAUUAAAUCAUAUCAUGCUGAAACAGAAUCAGUGUCACUGCAUUUAGAAAGCUUGCUGACAGAGUCAUGUGUAAGGUAUUUCAUGUGAAGUGCCUGAGCUGUGCUUUGUGAUUUUUCCAUAUGAUUCAGAUACAGACAGGAAGCACACUCUUUAUUACAUCACUGCAUCAGCAUCGGGAAGCAGUUAUAGAUUUAUGUGCAGCCAGUAAUUAUUUCAAAGAGUCUGUCCUAUGGCCUCUAGUUUCCCAGCGUAGCGCAGGGUGGCACAGGGUGGCACAGGGUGGCGAACCCCGUGCAGAGCUAGUUUCGAGCAGCGCAACCCGAGGCGUGCUCAGUUUUGUAGUUUGGCAGACCGAGGUGCGCUGAGAUGGGUGUGGCGGCGCAGCAGGGGGAGGUGUCGACAGAUCCAGCUUGGCGCAGUGACAGUUUCGUGCCAAAAGGCUUCGCCGAAGGUGCACUAAAAGCUCGCCAGCUGAAACCAGGUCUACUGUCAGCGCAGGCGGAGCGCAGCCGGUGUAGUGGAAGUUUGGCUGACUGGCAGACAGUGCAUACACGUCACCACAACCUCACAGGCAGGUUUCCAGAAUAUCAGGCACAUUAACAAUGCAAUUAAUACCCAAAAAAACACUAUUCAAUACAACUAUCUUCAAUCAGCACAUACAGUACAGGCCAAAAGUUUGGACACACCUUCUCAUUCAAUGCGUUU